GAGACUUGUGGGAGUUACCAAUAUGGCGGUGUAGCAAAAUGCACCAGGAAAAGAUUGUAAACACGAUUUGAGGUCAGAAAAAAAACUAAAUAUGGUUUGCUGACAAUAAGGAUCGGCGUAUAUACUCUUGGAGUUGGCCUUUUCCAAGCAGCAUGUCAUCUAACUUCAUCCCCAUGCUUUCGUCAAGUCCUCCUCCUUUGGAUGAGAUCCAGUCAUUUGACGAUGGCUGGGGAACAGAGGAUGGAGAUGAUGAAUUUGGAGGCUUUGCCAGUGCUGAGACAAGCCCUUCAAAGCAGGGACCAUUUGGUGAUGAGUUUGGGGGCUUUGCAAGUGUAGAAAAAGGUCCAACAAAUCAACCAUCUCUUGAAAAAUCCAGUAGUGAUGAUUUUUCCUCAAGCUCAACAUCAUUAAAUAAAGCACCAAACCAUACUGAGUUCUGUGGGAAUUCCACUCAUGACGACCCAGGUGAUUGGCAAAAUUUUGCAGACUUUACCUCUUUUCCGUCUUCAUCAGACCCUAUCAGUUGUGAUGACUGGGUGACAGAAGAGAGAAGUCCCCACUCUAAUAACGAGGAAUCGGGUGAAAGUGACUGCAGAGAAGAUGCUGCUCCUAACUGUACCUCAGAUAUGCGUCGGAGCAGCAGUAGUGUUCAGGAUGAUUUCAGUCGUUCCACAGUUGACUCAGGAGUGGAGGUGAAAAUCAACGCUCAGAACAAGAUGGUCAAUGGUAACACAGCAGGACAAGAUGGCAUCCAUAUGGUUGUCAGCCCAGUAAGCACUGACGAUAUUUCAUGGGGAGAUGAUGGAUUUAGUGAGUUUACUUCAGGGUCAGUCAUUGAAACAAAUGAAGAAAUUCAGCUGGCAGAAAAUGAUAUGAAUGAUGAUAGUGAACCUAAGUCUGAAAUAUCAGAACUUAAUAAUCAAAUUAUCGAGAAUGCAAUUCCAAAUUCCUCGGCGUCUCUUCCAGGAAAAGCAUUUUCCAGCUCUUCUUGCAGUGACGAAGAUGAUACCUUAGCUGAUGAUAAAUGUGAGAAAAUGAGGACUUCAGAAAACAUUUCCCCUACAGAAAAUUCAGUAAUUCCAUCAGAUUCAGCCAACCACUGUGUUCAAUUGCCAUGCAGUUCACAGGGAAACGAGAAUAACAAUAUGUCAGCUACUCCACAGUAUUUUGAUGAUACAAACCAAAGUGAAUUGGAGCAGGAAGCAUCCCAGGAUAAUGUUGGCAUUAAGAGGACCUCAGACACUGGUGACGGUAUGAUCAUGUCAGGUAUGCAAUACGAUAGUUCUGAUAAACAUACAUUGGCAAUGGAAGAGCCAAGUGCAACAGUGUCAGAUAAUGAAAUCUUACCUGGUUCUGGAGAUGUCAGUUCAGAAAAGUCAGACAACAAAGAGGAAGACUGGCUUGAAGCAGAAAUCCAGAAUGAGCAGAAUUUAACUUUGCAGGAUAACAGUACAGGGGAGAGCAAAGAUGCAACAAAUAAGAAUCUUUCUGAGGAUUUGUCUUUUAACAGUUUUGACAAUAAUGAUGCCUCGUUUGCAGCUUUCCAGUCAACAGAGGGUGCUAGUGAUGGGGCAUGGGCAGCGUUUGAAGACACUGAAGUAUCAGGCCAAGAUGGCGGUUGGGCAACAUUCCAGGAUGCCGCACCAGAUGGUGCUGUGUCAGCAGCGGACUUUGGAGACUUUACUGCUUCAGAUGAUGUUGAUGACUUUGGGGAUUUCAACAAAAAUAACCAGGAGGAUGGGGGUGAUGAUUUUGGCAAAUUUAGUGUGAAAGAGGACAAUGGGGAGGGGGAUGAUGACUUUGGGGACUUUGGCAAUUUUAGCACCAUAAAAGAAGAUGACUUAAAUUUAUCAAAGGAUAGUGAGAAUGACUUUGGGCAGUUUCAGGAGGAUGGCAAUGAUGACUUUGGUGAUUUCAAUAUGGGUCAAGAUGCAGAUGACUUUGAAAAUUUUGACGAUGCUGGGAGUGGGAAUGGUUUUGGUGCUUUUGAUUCUCAUGAGCCUCAGCAGAAUGUGUCUCUUUCCAAGACCUCCAAUGCCAGCCCUGUGUUCAAUCUGUUAUCUAAAUGUUUUCCCCAAACAGCAAAGGAGGACGCCUCUUUUUCCUUCAGCAAACUCCUUGAUGUCAUAUCCACCCAGACAGGAAUACAGAUGGAGAAACUCUCAGCCAAUCAGGGGAAGAGCUGUCUGAAUGUAUGGUCUGGUCUCCAUGAUACAGAGAAUACUGAAGCUCUCACAUACCAGUGGUCCAAGUCUGUGUCCAAUGACAAAUUGCUCAAAGCUCUCAACAUUGAUACAAGGAACAUUCUGAUGGGCCACAAAAAGCAGUCCAUGCCCAUCUUUGCCUCUCACCUUGGUCUUCUGGAGCCCAGCAAGGGCCCCUUACAGCCCAAGAAAAUCCCCCAGCCAGUGAGCCCCCUGGUGGACACAGUGUCCAGUGUACAGCAGUCUGCCCUCACACCACAGGAGACUGUCCCCCCAGCAGAGUUUGAUUGGAGCACAAGUGGACUACAGAACCCUUUGGAUUCCACUAAUGCAGCACAACUUGACCUAGAUUUCUUUGGCAAAAGUUCUACUGGAAAAAGUGAGGAGUUUGACAUUUUAUCUGCCCUGGAAUCAGAGUUUCUUGGAGGAUCAGAUGUGGCCAAGCCUGAGCCAAUCAAAUCAAUACCGCCACUGGAAAAUGUCCUGGCUACCAUGCACUUCACACCAACCAGCGGAGCUCAGAAAAAGAAGAACCAACACUUCAGUCAGGAAGCGCAGGCAGUGAUUGCCAAAUUCCAAAACUUGGCCUUCAUGAAAGCCAAGGUCCUCAUGUUCCCUUUAAAAGGCUCUGACCCUACCCCUGAUCAGUGAUCUGCUGUCCAAGGAAUAUGUGACAAUCAUCAUCAUUAUUGCUCCUCCUCUAUUCUUGUUACAAAUCUCUUGAUUGACCAAUGCCAUUGCAGCCAUUUAUGAAUGAAAAGGUUUUGUGUGAAUGCCAGAACAGCUUAUUGCAAAAUGCCAAAUUAUUCCUCAUAUUUUUCCUGAAUGUGCAUGAUCUCUUAACAUAAGUUUCAUUCAGAAUUGUCUUGGUUGGUUUACUCAGACUGAGUGAGGGGGCAACUUAAAGGCAUUUCAGAAUGUGGUGCCUGUUAUACUUCUCGAAUUUAGGGAAUUUACUGUGUGCAAAGUAAUCUUUUGAUUCUUGUAGUAACAAAGGUAAAAUACAAGAUAGACCAUUCUAUGUCCAUGCUAGCUUAUAAGUUUUCACUUAAUGCUGUAAAUUGUUGAUAAAGGGUAAAAAAAACCCUAUAUGACUGAGUAACAGAAGUCUAGGACUGACCCCACGUAUUUCUUUACUAAUAUACUGUUUUUUUGUUUUUUUUUUCAAACAGUUUGCUACUUAUAACAUUGUUUAUCAGGCUAUAGAAAUAAGGAAAGGUAGCAACAUAAAGCUAGAACUGUGGUACUUGUUGAGGUCAACUCUAGACAUCUAGCUCUAAUUUGUUAAUAGCAGGCGCCCUGAGUUUCAGAAUAUAUUUGAAUGAUGUCUCUAACACUAGAACCUGCACAUUGUUAUUUCAAUAUAAAAAAUAUCUACUGGUAGUGGUGAUAGAAGCCAGUUUCCAUGAAACUUUGAGUCUGUUAACAUUGUGAUACUGGGUGCCUGGCCUGUAUGUAGGUGAGAAUUACAAAUAACAUAAGAAACAGAAACCACUUUAAACUUGCCAUUAUUUAUUUUUAUGAAGAAUUUAACGGAAUUCCAAGUUUCAUCAAAGUCAUUUAAGUCAAGCUUUUGUAUGAAAUUGUUUUAUUUACUUUACAAGUAAGCUACUGGAAACGUAAAUAUUGAAGGCAUUUGAUUUUAAUCAUAGAAUAUAUUAAAUUUGUUAUAAUAAUAUUAUAAUAGUAAUAUAUUAAAAUUAUUAUAAUAACAACUCGAGGCUAUCAUUCCUUAUCCCAGUUGGUAUUCAAGUAAAAAAAUAUAUUGUUUUGUGAUUGAAUUGGUAUUUUAUUGAUUAAAAAAAUAAACAAAUGGCAUCACUAAUUUAAAUUAGAAACAACCUAAAUGUAGUAAAACAAAUGUUUGGUUAUCAUUUUGCUGCAGAUAUUCAUUUCUUUAAAGGUGCCAUAUACAUGAAGUAGCAAUAGAAUUGACUUGUAUAAUAUAUGUGUUAUUAUCAGAGAAUUUGCAAAAGUUACUUCAUUUGUGAAUUUUUUGAAUGCAUAUUUGAUGCCAUGAAGGGAGAAUAUUUUUAUUGGAGUAAAUGAGUUUUGCAAAUUGAUACCCAAUGUGUAACAACUAUGUUUAAAUAUUAAAACUAUGAAAAUUAUUUCAAAAUCAAAAUUCAAGAUUCUAUACAGGGGUUCCAUCAGUUCUUUAAUAUAUAUGGUGAUGAAUUGCAUUUGGAAAUAUUCAAAAAUAACAUAGAAAAUAGAUUUGGAUACAUCAUUUUGAAUUACCAAAUACAAGAAAAGUAAUACAUAUUGGGUAAUAAUGAAAUUCUAUUGGAACAGUGUAAAACCAUAUCUUGGGGUAAUUCUGAAAUGAAACUUGGUAUUUUCGUCUGCUCUUGAGUGUUUACAAAUAUUAAUUUCAAGUUCUAUGUCCUUUUGUGUGUAAUAAAACACUUGUCAUUAAACAACGUGCAUUAUGUGCCAGUAAAAGUAUUGAAAUUUCUUCAUGAAAGACAUUAAGGGUUACAAGGAGCAUCUUUGGCAAGCUCAGGAGAUCAGUACUUAUGUUUCCAUUUUUUUUUUUCAAAGAUAAUACAAUUUAUGACCAGGCUACUGUAACAUAAUGUAAUUUAUAAAAACUGAGGCUAUAAAACUCGAUUAUAUGAUUUUCCUGGACAGGAACACUUGCUUGUUUUACUGUCUGUGACAUAGUCUAGAAUUGUUCUUUGUAAAGAAAAACUUUCAUUGUUUUUCUCCCCUUCACAAUACUGGCCACUUGCCAAGUUUCCUUCCAGUUAUCAAAACAGGAUUUAGAUGUUAACGACGCCAUGUGGUUGUAGCUGUGUCAGUAGGUAGUGUUGUCUAAAAUAUACCAGUUCAUUAGCUAACAACACUGUUUUAAUAGAACACCAAUCCAAGGAGAAUUUUUCGGUACUCACAAGGUAGAGAAAUAUUGCAACAGAUAGAAAAACUUUCUCUAUUUAAUAAUAUAUUCUUAUAAAAGUAAUAUUUGCUCUUUACUAGAUAUAGUAUUGUUCCUUGUGGUCUGUUAAUAUAUGUAUGACUGAUGUGAUGAUAUGUGCAAUAUAACCUAUUAAGACAGUGCUAAACAUGAGGUAAUGAAGUCAAUCCAUUCCAAAAUAUUGGUUUUAUGUUAAAAAGAGGGUGCGCUGGGUGAGAGAAGUAGUUUGUGUUGUUACGUGGACCGCAUCAGUUGUCAACUGUUGUUCUUUGGGGUUGUAUUUUUGAUGUUAGGUGAAGACUGUAAAUAAUUAAACAGUUGCAAUAAAAUGAUUGCUCGAAAGAAAUAAAAUUUUGUAAGUGUGUACAUAAUUAUAAUUAUAAAAGCAUUUCUUUUUGGUUCACCCUGCAACAGAUAAAUACCAUUUCCGUUUUAUAUGAAAUAAUUAUUAAGUUGGAGCAAUAAUUGCUGAACUAUUUGAAGAUUUUAAAACUUUUAACCUCAACGUGUGGAGAGGAAUAACAACCAGAAGUCUACAACAACUUCAGUCAGUUUACUGGUGUGGAGCACAGUUCUUUACAAACAACUCUCCAUAACAUACAAAGCUUUUUGUUUGUUUAUA